UCAAAAGUUACAGAAAUGCAAGAUACAUUGUAUGAGGAACAGGGAAAUAAAUUACAUAUUGAGUUGUCACAGGAAACGUUAAUGCAAAUUUUUCACGAUUGUAUAGAUGAAAUUAUGGAGGUUCAGGCAAAAAAGCUUGUCGAUACUGCUAUUAUCAAUGCUGUUACUAUCCUUGCCAAGACUAUGGGAAACUACAACGAGGAAAAAAUCAUUUCCGAAAAAAAAGGAAAAAUUGAGCUCGAGUUUUGUAUAAAUACGACUUCCACCCGCUCAUUUCUCCACUCGUCUGACUCGUUCAAAACGAAAGUUAGGAAAUCGCCGAUUGUUGCAACAUACAGCCGGGAUCCCAAGCAUUUGGAUAUUUUUUAUUUCGAAACUUGCAAAAUAGAAAAGGUAGACAACAUGAAGAUUGCUAUAAUUGCCAUCAUUGCUUUAUUGGAAGGUGUUUUCGGACAAGAUGCAACUCUUACUGUCAAUACUGAAUGGCCACAAAAUGAAGACUCAAACGCUGGUGCCCUUGUCAAUUUUGCUUAUUCCGAUGUUGGAGAGGGUAGCUGCACGGCUGAACUUCCAGAAGCAGUCAAUCUUUUUCAUGUAACGAACGGCCAUAUUGUCCCAGAAGACAGCAGCCCUAUUGAAGGCAGUUACAAAAUUGCCGCCCCAGCUAAUUGGGAAUUCAUCAAUGGAACUAUAACUGUCCUCAUUAUUUCAACCGGGACGAAAUUUUCAAUAUUACCGAUAUCUUUUCUCAGUAUCUGUCUACUCCUUCCCCAAAACGACCUUAGAAAAGAGGCCAGCUCCAAUGUUUUUAAACGAAGCGGAUUCCACGAGGGAGACGUUCUUACCAUCACUCUUCCAGCAGCUGUUGCCAGAUUUAACAUUACGGGUGGAGACAGCGAACUAGUUGUUGAUGGCAAGGAUACGACAUACACAGUUUCAGGAUUCAGGAAUGAACAAGGCAAUGGUGAUCACAACGAGGUCCACUUCAGUAUUGAAUACUCUAGAGAGGCUGGUACCUGGUUUUCUGCAGGAGAAAUCACUGUUUCAGUCACCGAAAAUGAAGCAUCCGAAGAUAGCCCAGAGACCUAAGCAGUUUUAAAAACAUUAUUCGUAAUCUAUAAGAUCGUUUGGACAAUUAGAAAUAAUCACAUUAUAUAUCUUUUAACAAAUGUAGUUUUUGUAAUAAAAUAAUAAUUAGUAAACAGGCUCAUCUGAAAUUGAACAAAAUGACACAAGUUAGAUUUCGAAUAUUCAUAUUUUUCCUUUCAAUUAUUAUUUCAAUCUGAUAAAAAGGUUAAGGUAUUUCCUGUAGUUAAAUCAUUACAGACAUAUUUUGGCCAAUGUACUCUUCAGUUCUAUUUGUAAAUUUGUUUGUAAAUUUUUUGAAUCGUGCUCCAUGUUUCAAACUUAGUUUAUCACAAUUCGUAAUAAUUAAAUCGUAAAACUUAUCAAAUAUGGCAAUUACGAUACAUUCAAUUAUAACCGAGAAGAUUUUCAUUCUCUGUUUUGGUUUUCACUGCCAAGAAAAUAUGGAAAUAAAAUGACUAAAUGUAUUUUUUCCAGUGUUUUAUCGUUACCGAGCUGCAAUAAGCAAGAUUUCGACUUUUAUACACGAAUAAAGGACACCAGUUAAAA